GCUCGCCCCGUGGCGGUCGUGGCCUCCUCACCCGGUGGACCGACCUGAGUCUCCGUGCAAAGUGUCUGUGGGCUCUGGUGGCGCUCAUCGGAGCGUCGGUGGUGUCGGUGGGGUGGCGGCGGGUGCCGGUGCGUUCAAGACGGACAAGACGCCCGAGACGUUCCGGCCGACGAACGUGAUCAUGAUGAUCUCUGACGGGUUCGGUCCCUCGGGCGAGACGAUGGCGCGGGUGUUCGCCAACAAGGCACAGCUGCAACCACUGGAUUAUCAGCUCCGCGGGGCAUCGAUCACAUACUCGACGUCGAAUCUGGUGACGGACUCUGCGGCCGGGGCGACGUGCUUCUCGUGCGCGCUUAAGACUUACAACGGGGCGAUCGGGGUGACCGACUCGCAGCCGCCCGAAGCAUGCGCGACGGUGCUGGAGGCUGCGGCUGCGGCUGGGAUGGCGACCGGUGUGGUGGUCACAUCUCGGGUGACGCACGCAACGCCGGCGGCGUUCACGGCCCACGUGCCCGACCGCGAGAUGGAGCCGACCAUUGCGGAGCAGCAGAUCACGCAGAAGAUUGACCUGCUGUUUGGUGGUGGACGGUGUGAGUUCCAGCCGCAGUCUGUGGCCGGCUCGUGCCGGGCCGACGAGAAGGACGUCAUGUCCGAGGCCCGCGACGCGGGAUUCUCGGUCAUCACCGACGUUGCCGGCCUCCGCAGCGCAACGACGGCUUCGCUCCCGCUCAUAGGCCUCUUUGCGCAGUCGCAUAUGGCGUUUGAGCUCGACCGCGUGCCGGCGGACCAACCGUCGCUCGACGAGAUGGUGGCCAAGGCGCUCGAGCUACUGUCGGCGCUGCCCAAGGCGGCGACCCACGGCAUGUUCCUCAUGAUCGAGGGCUCGCGCAUCGACCACGCCGGCCACAACAACGACGCCGCGGCGCAUGUGUACGAGACGCUGCAGUUUCAGCAGGCGUUCAGCCAGGCGGUCGAGUAUGCGCGCGGGCACGGCAACACGGUCGUGGUCUCGACCUCGGACCACGAGACCGGCGGGUUGACGCUGGCGCGGACCAAGCCGGUCCUCGGCCGCGACACGUAUCCGUACGUGUGGUACCCAAAAGUGCUCGCGCGAGCGAAUCACUCAGCAGAGUACCUCGCCCACGAGUUGCAGGCCAACGCGUCGAUGUCGCUCGUCGACACGGUUGUUGUCAACUACGGCAUCGAGCCGACGCCCGCCGAGCUCGCCACACUCGAGGCCGCCCGGAUCAACGGCACAACGCCGCUCACCUACGCGCUCUCUGAGUUUAUCUCGUACCACGCCAACGUGGGAUGGACAACUCACGGACACACCGGCGAGGACGUCAACCUCUAUCUCUAUGGGCCAGGCACCGAGGCCAUGUACGGCGUCCACCAGAACUCGGACAUCGGUGCGUUCCUCGCCUCGAAGCUCAAGCUCGACCUUGCCGCGCUCACGCCCGAGAUCCGGCGCAAGUUCCCACCAAUUCCCAUGCCGCCGACUGCCCGUUCGGAGCAUGCGGUGCACGACUAAGAUUAGAGACACACAAGGCCAGACUAGGCGAUAGCGAGCGCAAUCGCUGACGUCGCCAAACUCGGGUGCGCGGAAUCAAUCGAGUGCUUCGAUUGGCAGAGUGCUAAAAGGCGUCG